AAAACAAAUCAUUAACCCAUUUAAACUUAAGGAAACUUAAAUUAAAAAUGAAGCUGCUACUAUCAGCAGCAUUUCUGUCACUGACCAUUUUAAAGGUCCACUCAGUUGCGGUUGUUUGUUACUAUGGCAGCUGGUCAGCUUGGGACGGAAUCACUCCUGAAAACUUCGACGCCAGCCUUUGUACGCAUAUCAAUUAUGCGUUCAUAUCAAUUUGGGAGGACGGAAAUCUUCGAGUUGAAGAUGACGAGCUUGAUAUCGAUCAAGGUCUUUACAAGAGAGUAACCGACUUGAAGAACCAAAACCCAAACCUCAAGGUUUUGCUUAGCGUUGGUGGAGAUUCAGCUGCAGAUUUAUUUAGAGGAAUGGCCGGAGAUGCCUCAAAACGAGGACCUUUUGUCGGUAGCGCCACCUACUUUUUAUCAGCUUACAAUUUUGACGGUCUUGACAUUGAUUGGGAAUAUCCUGAAGUAGCGGAUCAGGAUAACUACAUAACUUUAUUAAAAGAAUUAAAAGCAGCCUUCCAACCAAAGGGCUGGCUACUGACUGCAGCAGUAUCUUCUGACACUGAGCAUGGAUAUCUUAUCAGCGAAAUGGUUCAAUAUUUCGAUUUUAUUAAUGUGAUGACGUAUGAUUUCUACGGUCCCUGGAGUGACUAUACCGGUCAAAAUUCUGCAUUGUACAGUUCAAACGUAGAAAGUGAUUGGGAAAAAAGUCACUUGAAUGUUGCUGCUGCCGCUAAUAACUGGGUUAACGCAGGCGUACCGAAAAACAAACUGACCAUUGGCACUGGCUUUUAUGGUAGAUCCUUCACUUUAUCCGAUCCGAAUAACCAUGGACUUCAUGCUGGUAUUAUAGGACCCGGAAACGAUGGUGGAGAAGCUACUUAUGCCCAUAUUUGUUCAACGUAUGAUGGCUGGACUCGGGUGUGGGACGACGAACAGAAAAAUCCAUAUAGGUAUUCAGGAAACCAGUGGAUUGGGUAUGAUGACCAAGACUCCAUUUGGGCAAAAGCCGCAUGGAUAAAGGAUAAUGGAUUUUUGGGAGUGAUGAUAUGGGCAAUUGAUCAAGAUGAUAUUGCUGGAGUUUGUGGAGAAAAGCAAAUUUUGCUAAAGCAAAUCAAUAGAGCGAUAGCUUAGAUAGAUUUAUAUUUUAUGUUAUUUUUAUGUAAUUUUUAAUAAAGUAAAAAAAAGGUUA